GAAGAGAGCAAAAAAGAAGCACAUUUCAUUCACAUAGACGCCGGUUAUUUAUAGGAGGAGGAGGUGACUGCCAGCAGACGCCUUUGCGAACACUCCUGCAUCGCUUCGCUCCACCUCGAACUAACGCAGGAUGUCAGCGUCGAGCCGCGCGUAAAAGCUCGCAGCGCUCAAAGGAGACGUUUUCCAGGCAAUCGCCUCUUUUCUGCAAGAAAAAAAGAGAAUCCACUGUUGAUUGCGCACGACGCAGCCUGUGCUCCUGAUCCCCUGCAAACGCGCUCGUCGGGUCAGAUCGGACGCGCUCCCGUUGCUGCUGAUUAGGAUACGUCUGUUGGUUUUAUCGUCAUUAUUGUGGUAUUUUGGGGGGAGCGAGCUGCCUCCGUCAGGUGCAGAGCAGAGAGAGAGAGCAUCAGAUCCGCCCUGCAGAGAUGGCAAAGGCAGACCAGCGUUUCGGCCAGCGGGACGGCUCCGACCAGAACUUUGACUACAUGUUCAAGCUCCUGAUCAUCGGCAACAGCAGCGUGGGGAAAACCUCCUUCCUGUUCCGCUACGCCGACGACUCCUUCAGCAACUCUUUCGUCAGCACCGUGGGCAUCGACUUCAAAGUGAAGACGGUGUAUCGCAACGACAAGAGGAUCAAACUGCAGAUCUGGGACACGGCAGGACAGGAGCGCUACCGCACCAUCACCACGGCCUACUACCGUGGUGCCAUGGGCUUUAUCCUCAUGUAUGACAUCACCAAUGAGGAGUCCUUCAACGCCGUCCAGGACUGGGCAACUCAGAUUAAGACGUACUCAUGGGACAACGCCCAGGUAAUCAUGGUAGGCAACAAGUGCGACAUGGACGAGGAGAGAAUCGUACCUCCGGAGAAAGGAAAACACCUCGCCGACCAGUUAGGCUUUGAGUAUUUCGAGGCGAGCGCCAAGGAGAAUAUCAACGUCCGGCAGGUCUUCGAGCGCCUGGUGGACAUCAUCUGUGUGAAGAUGUCGGAGCGCGUUGACGUGGAGGUGCCUGCGGCCUCCGGCGCCAAGACCACCAGACUGACCGACAAGCCCGCCCAGUUGCCUCAGAAGUGCUGCUGAUUGUCCGUCCGUCUCUCCGUUCAUCCUCCCGCUGUCACCCCCCCCCCCCCCCGCAGCUCUUGAGAAAAAAUUAAAACGUUAAAAAAAAAUUGCGACAUUACCCUCACCCUCUCUCUGCCUAAGUCCCUGUUUGUAAGCGGGCCGUAAUCCUACCGCAAUUUAUAUAGCAAGUUCCAAUCCCCUACCGCCUGUGCCCAAGUAUCUGAGGUUGGUCCUUUCAUAGCUGGAGGAGAGUAGUGGGAAGUGGACUCUGAACAAAAUGUAAUUUGGUUUGUUUGACCACGUGGUAUAGAGGAGCUAUAGGAGGUUAUGAGAGUGGAAAAUGAAACGGCAUGUUGUGUCCUGUGUUAGAGGAUGGCGAAUAUUUGCAGCAAUCGUUGGUCGCUGGUUGGCAUGCUUGUUAGCGUGGUUGCUAGCGUGGUUGCUAACAGGGUAAUACGUUCUAUGAUUGUAUUUUAGAGGUAUUUGUAUCAUUGUCCCAGCCAACAAUGGAUCUAUUGUGGAACAGGCUGUAGGAUGACAGAGGAUGGCUAGGCUAUAUUUGAAGGGUUGAGAUGACACACAUCUAUUAAGCACCAAUAGCUUAAUAAAAAUGUUCGGGUGUAUGGUGAAAACCUGUAAGUUUUAUGAAUUACCUUGACCUUUGGGAGCCAAUCCACUGAUUGCGUUGAUUCCAUUGAUAUAAGCUGUUGUUAUUGAUGAAAUGUUGUUACCGGACUCAAGUUUCAAGACCGUUUGCAAAUCUGGAAAAUUAGAUGCACAAACCAUAGGAGGACAGCAAAGUAGAUUUUGUUGAGAGUGCACUUCUGGUUGGAGAUGGCAGGUGAUCACAGCACUGCCCCUCCGCUCAAGGUGCACACGAUGAGAAACUCACACCAAAGCGGCUCACGCUCAGUUUACCUCUCGCAAGUCACCUGCCGAAAAAAAACCCCAUCAGAUGAGGCUGCUUCUCAGAUAGCUUGUAACAGUGAGUUCCCUCUAAUACAAUAUGCCUAUAGUCUAACUAGCUGUUACUGGCCUCGCCUAGUGCUAUUUGUCGCUUGAAAGACGCUUUAGGGCUACACCCACAAUGCACAACUCCCAGGCAGGGCUGCAGCCACAAUCAUUGGAGGAGCAGGUCGGGUCCAAAAACAGGCUGCUCCUUUGUGUUUUUCACAGCAUAAAGUUGUGUGUUCUAACAGGCUUCAUUUAGAUCAGUAGGGUUGUUAUUGGGUGUCAUUGUAAAGUAUGUAGUAAGAAAAAUGAUAUAUUGUUAUUAUCGUAGUUGAUUGGGUAUUGCAAACAGGGAAGGCGACUCGCGGCCCAAGAGGUCAGCUGGGGCCGGAUAUGACUGUUAGCCCUCCCUCUCCCCCCAAAAAUGGAAUUCAACAUCUUCACACAAAAACAACUGCAGAGAGAUGCUAACCGACCACACAAACUGUCAGAACAACUGCAGUGACUUACAAUGAGCGCAGAGACACACAAUGACCACAAAGAGACUCUCAAUGACCACCAUCCCCAUCUCCAGACUGCCAGAGACUCGAUCCCGGACCCCAAAUAAGAGCUGCAGCCCUGCUUCAUGGUGGCUUACAGCUUUUGUACGGGGCGACAAAAUCCAGCGUCGUACUGAGGGUGUUUUAUAGUGACGCACACAUGUGAGCAGAGCACAUGGUUCUCUCCUUCCCAUUAAGCAAGUGUAGUCAACGUAACAGUCAUGUUUGCAGUGUUUCCUACAUGAGUGUGUGUAUGUGUGCGUGUGUGAUUUUAGCGCCCUACCUGUGUUGCAUAUGGUUAUCAUGAUAUUUAUUGCGUGUUGAGUUGUAACGUUUCUUUGUGAUUGUGUACAGUAUCUUUGACGGAAUAUUUUGAUAAUGUCAGGUCAGCCGGGACACAGAGCAUAUGUGUUUACGAAAGACAAGAAGAAAAAAAUUGUGCAUUAGAUAUUACAUAUUGAAGAUAGAAAAAAUAUAUAUACAUCCUGCCAAAUGAUGAUAUAGCUACCACAGCGCACGGUUCUGUGUGUAACUCCACAUGUGUCUUCAUAUUGAUUCAAAUAAACAUACAAUAAUAUUGACAUUGUCUUCAUAUGAUUAUUUUUUAAGUGAAUAUGUAAAUGAUAGAUUUAGAAAUGAUGAUGGUGUUAAGUAUACAUUUAUUUUUUAUGCUGUGUAUACCAUGGACAAAUUAUUUGGCGAGUGUAAACUUGUUGUCUUACAGUUCACUCCUCUACGAGGGAGUAGCACAAAGUGAUUGUACAAUAUAUUGUGAAUGUUUGUAUAUUAUAGAUGCAAUUUAGUAUAAUAAAAAUCCCAAUCUUUAAAUGACAA